CCAGUGAAGCAGAAGCCCUCCAAGGAGCUGAGGCCCAUGCUCGGGGCCAUCUUGCUGGGCCUCAUCCUGUUCAUUGCCGCAGUGGUGGCCUGGUGCUACUACACGGUGUCCCUGCGGAAGGCGGAGCGGCUCAAGACGGAGCUGAUGGACCUGCGGGCGGACGGCUUCGUCAUCAGGAACCAGCACGGGGAGGUGGUCUUCCGGCUGGCCUUCCGCUCGGGCAGCCUCGACCUGGAGUCGUGCUCCAAGGAGGGCGAGAUCCUGAGCUGCACGCGGUCGGGCGGGGGGCCGCUCAACUUCUUCAUCCAGACGGUGAAGCCCAAGGACACGGUGAUGUGCUACCGCGUGCGCUGGGAGGAGCUGGCGGCCGGCCCGGCGGUGGAGCACACCAUGUUCUGGGAGGACGCCCACUGGUACGGGGGCUCGGAGAUGAGCACCCAGCACUGGCCCAUCCGCCUGGCCGGCUACCAGGAGCCCGUGCCCUACGUGACGAGCGACGUCUACUCCUUCCGCGACAGCUUCGGUGGCAUCCUCGAGCGCUACUGGCUCUCCUCCAAGGCAGCGGCCAUCAAGAUCAACGACUCCGUGCCCUUCCACCUGGGCUACAACGCCACCGAGCGCACCCUCUUCUUCCAGGCCCGCUACAAGGACUCGCCCUACAAGCCCCCGCCGGGGCAGCAGCCCUUCCCCGAGCUCAGCUACCGGGUCUGCGUGGGCUCCGACGUCACCUCCAUCCACAAGUACAUGGUGCGCCGGUACUUCAACAAGCCCUCCAAGAUCCCUGCCGAGAACGCCUUCCGAUACCCCAUCUGGUCCACCUGGGCCCUC